AUGACCGGCGUAUCCCUGACUAACUUGCGCACAGUCUACUUCACCCUUGUGUUGGGCAAGAAUCGAAGCAUCUGCACCUUGAGCAAAUCGACCAAACGAACCUCGUUCCAUUUCUUUCUCCCCAAAACUUUUAAUUCUGAUGUUGCUAUUACAUUACAGUACAUUGAUGCCAACUGAAAAAUCAUCGACUCUCUGAAAAAUGGGUUUUUCAGUAUCUAGUUCGAGUUCAUUGUGGCUCAACGUGAAUCCUCCGCGGCGAUGUCGUUUUACGAAAAUUCCCUCUGUUGCCGGAAAUCGGAAGCGCACGGCGAGUUUGAAGAUCACUGAGAUUUAUAGGAAAGCUCAAACUCAAUCACCAAGGCCUGUUUGCUGCAAGUUUGAGGGCAUUGAUUUUGAGGAGAGAACCAGCCCUGCUGAGGUGAAGAGAGAAAUUGAGAACUGCUAUGAGCUUAUACGAAGGCUUGGCAGAGGAGUAGUGUACUUAGGUUCAGCAAGAUUGGGACCUGGGCAUCCACAUUUUGUGAGAUCAUUUCAGUUGGCGAAAGGAAUUGCCAACCUCUUAGAUUGUGCUACGUGGUCGGGAGCUGGGCCGGGGCUAAUGGAUGCCGUCACUAAAGGCGCUCUUGAAGCAGGAAAGCCGGUUGGUGGAUUCAAGAUAGGCAAGGAAGCUGGACAAUGGACUGCUACAGAUGUUCAUCCCUACCUACCAUUAGAUAGCUAUCUAACGUGCAGGUUCUUUUCCGCGAGGAAGCAUGGCCUGGUGGAUGCUGGUGUUAGAGCUGUAAGCUCAGAAAAGACGGCUUUUGUUGCUCUGCCCGGUGGAAUUGGCACUCUGGAUGAGGCGUUUGAGAUUUUGGCACUGAUUCAACUUCAAAGGAUUGGGUCCGUGCUUCCCGUUCCCUUCCUUGUUAUGAACUAUGAUUCCUUCUACUCAAAACUGCUGGACUUUAUAGAUGAUUGUGAGGGCUGGGGUACUGUCUCAAAAGGUGAAGUGGCAUCCUUGUGGAAAGUAUGCAAUACCAACUCAGAAGCUUUGGUUUAUUUGGCAGAAUAUUAUGGACUUUCUCAUACUGAUGGAUAUAGGAGCAUCUCCCACUUAGGAGAAGAUGGUGAAUCUGUAUCUUCUUCUUCUUCGAGUAAGAUUGAUGUGCAGUAACAAUGGCAACGCCCGUUUUAGUUAUAUCUGCGGGAGGUAGCAUGGGAUGGUGCAUUAACACAAGUACUUCAACAAAUGUAUGAGAGUUUCUGUUGGAAACUUUUCCACUUAUCUUAAUCAGUAUCUUUAUGUUUCUUCAAAAAAAAAAUCAGUAUCUUUAUGUUACAGUGUGUGCCAUCAAUUCCAUAUCAUCUCGUCUGUCUUGGAUGCUAUUCCAUUUAUUUGAUCACUUUAUGCAAAUUGAGAAGUAAUGCGCCAGUAUGAAUCAAGACAUAUUUACCUAAGAGUGAACAAUAGAUGUAAUCAAGUUCAUAUACUGCCAGAGUUGGAAAUGUUUCCAACAUACAAAAUGAAGAAAAGGAAGAAUCAGAAACUAUGGAGCUUUAAAAAGUGCUCCACAGAUAAUGACCAAACAAAAAAAAAAAUCAGACACUAGUGAGCUUUAAAAAGUGCUCCUACACUCAACUUCACUUAAAAAAGAGUGUGGUUGAGUGUAGCAUCAAGCAAUCUACAUUACUCUGCAACAGCCUAUGUCUUCACCACCGCGAUUCUGAGUCUGGUUUCUGCCAUGACUGUAGCCAGAUUGAUGCUCAUAACCUUGCUGGUGAUGGUAACCAUGACCAUGGUUGUAGUCAUGCUUGUUAUAGUAGCAGUUGUCAUGAUCAAAAACGCAGUUUUGAUUGUUGAUUGAAGGUAGCUUUGGUUGAGAAAGGCUGGAGGCGUGCAGGUACCUUCCAUCGCGAGAGUAAGUGCUUCCUUCCCCGGGGUUCGUUGGCAUGAAGAGGUUGCUGGAACACUCUCCGAACUGAAACCAGCACAGCUCCACGGAUCUUCCUGCUCUCCCCAACAUUUUCAGCAGUAAACUUGGAUCAACGGUGCCAGAUAUUUCGAUGACGCCAUAAUCAUCCAUUCUGAAACUGUGUACUCCUACACAUGAUCACAAAGAAGAGAUCUAUGCCCGCUUUCACUCAUUCACCAAUCACUAUAUUCCCUAUACUCAACUGAUUUUUUAUAUAGAGUAAAAUAACAAAAAUGUGGUAAAUAUAGAAAGAAACAUACCGUGGCAUUUGUCCAACACUCUUGCAACAGUCCUUUGCCAUUGAGAUUGAGUGUUCACCCUUACAACACAAGUCUGCAUAAUCAAACAAGUCAUAAAAAUCAAACCAAAAAUGCUCCUUUAUUGGAAGGUGAAGUUUCAAAACCCCAAUAAAAAUAAUAAAAGAAAAGGGAGAGUUUGCCUAACCAUGAAUGGAUAUUUACUAGUAACACGAUUGAGGUAAUACUUGGGCGCCGUUGAAGAGAAGAAACCCAUCGGAAGAAAUAUUUUAGAGGAUAGAGUGAUAGUUGUUGUU